UUAAACCAACAAGAACCGCCUAGGGGAAGGAUGUGGUAGACGGACAACUUUCCCUCCAAUAAUAACUACCACUCCAACGGUCACUUACAAAACCACCAAAACUAUUUUCCAUAUAUACAUACAUGGGAGCCUCGUCAUCUAAGUUAACCCGCAACGGACCGGGGCUCGGAGACAUACCGGAGAACUGCGUGGCUUGUGUUUUUAUGUACCUUACACCGCCAGAGAUAUGUAAUCUAGCUCGCCUCAACCGCGCGUUUAGAGGCGCAGCCUCAUCGGACACCAUAUGGGAAUCAAAGCUUCCACAUAACUACCAACAUCUGCUACAUCUCAUGCCUCCUGAGAGGUACCAACACCUUUGUAAAAAAGACAUAUAUGCCCUCCUCUCUAGACCUGUCCCGUUUGACGACGGCAAUAAGGAAGUGUGGUUGGAUAUGGUAACUGGAAGAGUGUGUGUUUCAAUCUCUGCAAAGGCAAUGUCGAUAACUGGAAUAGACGAUCGGAGAUACUGGAAUUGGAUUCCGACUGAAGAAUCUAGGUUUAACAUUGCAGCCUAUUUGCAGCACAUAUGGUGGUUCGAAGUAGACGGUUUCGUAAAUUUCCCAUUUCCAGCCGACAUAUACACGUUGUGAUACGUUCAUAACACAUCAGCAACCAAACCCACGUUUACUUGCAUGAUACCCAUGUUCCCCAUGUUCCUUUGUUUACUGCAUGCAUGUUGUUACUUACUAGGUAGUUAUUAGAUUAGUUUUGCAUAUUUAAAUUCAUGUAUGAUGCACUUUGAAAGGGGAAGAAAAAUUAGAUCAAAGUUAUUAUUGUCUUGUUCUCUCAUCUAUGUUCUUUGGAGCCUAACCCACUCUACGGGUCUCUUGGGAGAUUAGCCAUCUCGAAUCGGCUUC